AUGGGACCGUGGGACUCACCGCUAUCUGUCUGUCCGGCCAGUAGCGAAACCGAAGACAGCUCCCACCUCCACCACUCCAACAGCUUUGCCCGACCCAGCGGGAAAAGCAUCUACAACCAGCGCAAGGACUACAGCCAGAGCCUGCUCAAACCCCAAAGCAAUUUCCAGCACCAUGUGGAGCACCUGCUCACCAUGCGGCUGGACAGGGACAUCCGCAACACCGAGGACUGCCUGGCUCGCCUGAAGGCGCUGGAGGCCCAGGGCCGGGUCUGGGGGCAGGACCUCAUCCUGCACGUCAAGAACCAGGAGCUGGUGCUGAGCGAUGUGGAGAGCAAGGAGGAGCUGGAGAGCUACCCGCUGGGCAGCGUGCAGGACUGCGCGGUCCUGCUGGACGCCUGCAGCUACGACUCGGUGCUGGCCGUCACCGUGCAGGAGCAGGCCCCCCCCGGCACCAGCGUCCUGCUCUUCCAGUGCGACCGCAUCGGGGCCCGGACCCUGAAGAGCAGCCUGGAGAAGCUGGUGAAGCAGUGCAAGGAGGAGCAGCACCAGUACGGACGCAGGGCCCCCCCGGAGCAGCUGUCCGACCCGAUCCCCCCGUACAUGCCGGCCCCCUACGGAGCCCCGGAGCGGUGGGCAGCCACCCCAGAGCCCACCUUACCUGCGCCUCCCCAGCGCAGAUCAUCCUCCUUGGACUACAGGGGGGGCAGCUGGGACCACCCCCCAGCACCAGCCGUCCAGCAGACCACCUGGGUCGACCCCUCGGGCCAGAUCAUGUCCGACACCGAACGAGACGCGAUGGUCCUCAACCACGUGCUGGGUGACAUGGAGCUCUUCGUGAAGCAGGUGAAGGACGCCCUCAGCCUGAUGAGCACCAAGAAGCAGAAAAAGAAGAAGAGCAAAGCUCUGCCACCCGAGGCCAGCUACAAGGACUUUUUCCAGAAGGUGAAAUACGCCCUGAACCUCCUGGGAAUCACCCACCAGCAUCUAGAGAACCCGGACCCCCCCCAGCUGCUGCACCUCAUCUUCGAUACCCUGUCCUUCGUCCUGGACAACUGCCCCAACCCCAGACUGGCGCCGGCGGUGGAGGCACCGCUGCUGAUCCCGGAGGCGGUGGAGCUGCUGGAGAAGACCCUGCACCCGCACGAGUACAGCACCUGGAAGAUGCUGGGCAUCAGCUGGAACAAGACCAGGGCGGAGUACCCCAACAGCGAGCAGGUGCCCCCCUACAUCCCCACCUUCUCCGACGGGUGGCUGCCCCCACCCAUGCUGAAACCGGAGCAGCGGCAGCAGCAGUUGCCGGCCACCAGCCACAAGAACGCUCCCAGCUACGGGAACAUUCCCGGCCACAGGAACGGGGACGUGCCCGGCUACGGGGACAUUCCCAGCUAUGGGGACAUUCCCGGCCACGGGAGCGUUCCCAGACGCGGGGACGUUCCUGGCCAGGUGCUGGCGCGGGCUCUGUACGAGUUUCAGGGCAGGAACCCCCAGGAGCUGAGCGUCAGGAUGGGGGACACGCUGGAGGUGCUGGACCAGCAGAAGAAGUGGUGGCUGGUGCAGAGCAGCCUGGGGCACAAGGGCUACGUCCCCAGCAACAUCCUGGAGCCGCUGGGGCACGAGGACAGCAGGAGCCAGGUCAGCCCCCCCAACCUGCACACGGGCUCCUCGCCGGCGGAGGUGACAGCCUGGCUGAAGGACAAAGGCUUCUCGCGGAUCACGGUGAGGUGCCUCGGGGUGCUGUCGGGCCACCAGCUGCUGCAGAUGACGCCGGAGGAGCUGCGCGCCGUCUGCCCCGAGGAGGGGCGACGCGUCCUCUUCAAGCUCUCCUCCGUCAAGAUGUCCCUGGGGAUGAGCCCCAGGGACUGAGCCGCAGGGAGCACGCCGACGCCGUCCCCGACGUCCUCCUGCUGCCACCCCAGGACAGAGCGCCCUGGGGGGGGCAGCCCCGCAGGACUGGAGGGGCCUGGCAGGAGGAGGUUCCCCAGCCCCCUGUGGUGCCCAUUCCUCCCAAAAGCACCAGCGGGGGGAAGCU